CCCCAGCCCCGCCCCGGCGCCGUCCCCGUGCCGCCGCGGACGGAGCGCGGUCCCCGCCUGGCCGGAAGGGCACGCGAGCUGUGUGGUGUCGCGGCGGCGCGGCAGUGACAGGGACCUGGUGUGGCAGAUACUGUUACUCCUAUUUUAGCGACUGGGAGACUAAGGGCCAAAGAAGUUAUUAGGUAACAUGCUUGUGGUUAAACUGCUAGGAUUUGCUGUAAAAUGGGACUUCUGAUUGUAUUCACUGGACUGUGGCUGUUUUCCUUAGUAAAGGCAGAUUCAAAAGCCAUUACAACCUCUCUUACGACAAAAUGGUUUUCUGCUCCAUUGUUGUUAGAAGCCAGUGAGUUUUUAGCAGAAGACAGUCAAGAGAAGUUUUGGAAUUUUGUAGAAGCCAGUCAAAAUAUUGGAUCAUCAGAUCAUCACGGCACUGAUUACUCCUAUUAUCAUGCAAUAUUGGGAGCUGCAUUUCCGUUUCUGUCACCUCUGCAGCAGAAUUUGCUGAAAUUUUCUCUGUCUCUCCAUUCCUACUCUGCUACAAUUCAAGCCUUCCAACAGAUAGCGGCAGAUGAGCCUCCACCGGAAGGAUGUAGUUCAUUUUUCUCAGUGCACGGAAGGAAGGCCUGUGAUGUCGAUGCCCUUGAGACUCUUCUGCUGACAGCACCUGAAAGACCCAAGCCCUUAUUGUUCAAAGGUGAUCACAGAUACCCCUCAUCCAGUCCUGAGAGUCCAGUGGUGAUUUUCUACUCUGAGAUUGGUUAUGAGGCAUUUUAUAAUUUCCACCGCCAACUUGUAUCAAAAAGCAAUGCAGGCAAAAUCAAUUACAUAUUCAGACAUUAUGUAUCUCGCCCCAGGAGAGAGCCUGUGUAUCUCUCUGGCUACGGCGUGGAGCUGGCCAUUAAGAGCACCGAGUACAAGGCCAAGGAUGAUACCCAGGUGAAAGGAACUGAAGUAAACACCACAGUGAUUGGUGAAAAUGAUCCUAUUGAUGAAGUUCAAGGAUUUCUCUUUGGAAAAUUAAGAGACCUGCACCCUGACCUGAAGGGACAGUUGAAAGAACUUAGAAAGCAUCUUGUGGAGAGCACCAAUGAAAUGGCACCUUUAAAAGUCUGGCAAUUGCAAGAUCUAAGUUUCCAGACUGCUGCCCGAAUCUUGGCUGCUCCUGUUGAAUUAGCUUUGGUUGUUAUGAAGGAUCUUAGUCAAAAUUUUCCUACGAAAGCCAGAGCAAUAACAAAAACUGCUGUGAGUUCAGAACUUAGAACUGAAGUGGAAGAGAAUCAGAAGUAUUUCAAAGGAACUUUAGGGUUACAGCCCGGAGACUCAGCACUGUUCAUCAAUGGACUUCAUAUAGAUUUAGAUACGCAGGAUAUAUUCAGUUUGUUUGAUGUAUUGAGGAAUGAAGCUCGGGUCAUGGAGGGUCUACACAGACUGGGAAUCGAAGGUCUUUCUCUGCACAAUGUUUUAAAACUGAACACCCAGCCCUCCGAGGCUGACUAUGCCGUGGACAUCAGGAGUCCUGCAAUUGCGUGGAUUAACAACCUGGAGGUGGAUGCCAGAUAUAAUUCAUGGCCUUCUAGUCUACAAGAGUUGCUUCGACCCACCUUUCCUGGUGUUAUCCGGCAGAUCAGGAAAAACUUACAUAACAUGGUUUUCAUGGUCGAUCCUGCGCAUGAGACCACAGCAGAGCUGAUGAGCAUAGCUGAGAUGUUCCUCAGUAACCAUAUACCACUGAGACUUGGUUUAAUCUUCGUGGUUAAUGAUUCUGAAGAUGUGGAUGGGAUGCAAGAUGCUGGAGUGGCUAUUAUGAGAGCAUAUAAUUAUGCUGCCCAAGAAGUGGAUCAUUAUCACGCCUUCCAAACCCUGACACAGAUAUAUAACAAAGUAAGGACUGGAGAAAAGGUGAAAGUUGAACAUGUGGUCAGUGUUCUGGAGAAGAAAUACCCGUAUGUAGAAGUGAACAGCAUUUUGGGGAUUGAUUCUGCCUAUGAUCAGAAUCGGAAGGAAGCAAGAGGCUACUACGAGCAGACUGGGGUUGGUCUGCUGCCUGUCGUUCUGUUCAAUGGGAUGCCCUUGGAAAAGGCACAGCUGGACCCUGAUGAGCUGGAAACCAUCACCAUGCACAAGAUCCUGGAGACCACCAGCUUCUUCCAGCGCGCAGUGUACUUGGGUGAAUUGUCUCAUGAUCAGGAUGUGGUAGAGUAUAUUAUGAAUCAGCCGAAUGUUGUUCCACGAAUCAAUUCUAGGAUUUUGACAGCUGAGCGAGAAUACCUGGAUUUAACAGCAACCAAUAACUUUUUUGUGGAUGAUUAUGCUAGAUUUACUGCCUUAGAUUCUCAAGGCAAGACUGCUGCUAUAGCCAAUAGUAUGAACUAUCUAACAAAGAAAGGGAUGUCCUCCAAGGAAAUCUAUGAUGAUUCUUUUAUCAGGCCAGUCACUUUUUGGAUUGUUGGAGAUUUUGAUAGCCCGUCUGGAAGGCAGUUGUUGUACGAUGCUAUAAAACAUCAGAAAUCUAGUAACAAUGUGAGAAUAAGCAUGAUCAAUAAUCCUAAGGAAGAUAUCAAUUAUGAGAACACUCGGAUCUCCCGAGCAAUCUGGGCAGCUCUCCAAACACAAACCUCCAGCACUGCCAAGAACUUCAUCACAAAAAUGGCCAAGGAGGGGACUGCGGAGGCCCUGGCCGCGGGGGCUGAUGUUGGGGAGUUCGCCGUUGGGGGCAUGGAUUUCAGUCUUUUUAAAGAGGUCUUUGAGUCUUCCAAAAUGGAUUUCAUUUUGUCUCAUGCCAUGUACUGCAGGGAUGUCCUGAAGCUGAAGAAGGGACAGAGGGCAGUGAUCAGCAAUGGAAGGAUCAUUGGGCCACUGGAGGAUAAUGAACUCUUUAAUCAGGAUGAUUUCCACCUCCUAGAAAACAUCAUCUUAAAAACUUCAGGACAGAAAAUUAAAUCUCACAUUCAACAGCUUCGGGUAGAAGAAGAUGUGGCAAGUGACUUGGUCAUGAAGGUGGAUGCUCUCCUGUCUGCUCAACCAAAAGGAGACACGAGAAUCGAGUACCAGUUUUUUGAAGACAGACACAGUGCAAUUAAACUCAGGCCAAAAGAAGGAGUGACGUACUUUGAUGUCGUGGCCAUCCUUGACCCUGUCACCAGAGAGUCACAGAGACUGGCCCCGUUGCUCUUGGUGUUAACUCAGCUGAUCAACAUGAAUCUAAGAGUAUUUAUGAACUGCCAAUCUAAACUUUCUGACAUGCCUUUAAAAAGCUUUUACCGUUAUGUCUUAGAACCAGAGAUUUCUUUCACUUCAGACAAUAGUUUUGCUAAGGGUCCAAUAGCCAAAUUUUUGGAUAUGCCACAGUCUCCUCUGUUCACUCUGAAUUUGAACACACCUGAGAGUUGGAUGGUAGAGUCUGUCAGAACGCCAUAUGACCUGGAUAACAUUUACUUAGAAGAGGUGGACAGCGUAGUGGCUGCUGAGUACGAGCUGGAGUACCUCCUCCUAGAAGGUCACUGCUAUGACAUCACCACCGGGCAGCCUCCGCGAGGCCUGCAGUUCACGUUGGGAACUUCAGCCAGCCCCGUCGUCAUGGACACCAUUGUGAUGGCCAACCUGGGUUACUUCCAGUUAAAAGCCAACCCAGGAGCUUGGAUUCUCAGACUGAGGAAAGGCCGUUCCGAAGAUAUUUACAGGAUCUACAGCCAUGACGGCACAGACUCUCCGCCCGAUGCUGGUGAGGUUGUCGUCGUCCUCAACAACUUCAAGAGCAGAAUCAUUAAAGUGAAGGUUCAGAAGAAGGCAGACAUGGUGAAUGAAGAUUUGCUGAGUGAUGGAACCAACGAGAAUGAAUCUGGAUUCUGGGAUUCCUUCAGAUGGGGCUUCACGGGAGGACAGAAGACCGAAGAAGUGAAACAAGAAAAAGACGACAUAAUUAAUAUUUUCUCUGUUGCAUCUGGUCAUCUCUAUGAAAGAUUUCUUCGCAUAAUGAUGUUAUCAGUACUGAAGAACACCAAGACUCCUGUGAAAUUUUGGUUUUUGAAGAAUUAUUUGUCCCCUACAUUUAAGGAAUUUAUACCUUACAUGGCAGACAAGUACAGUUUCCACUACGAGCUUGUGCAGUACAAGUGGCCCCGGUGGCUCCACCAGCAAACUGAGAAGCAGCGCACCAUCUGGGGCUACAAGAUCCUUUUCCUGGACGUGCUCUUCCCCCUGGUUGUGGACAAGGUCCUCUUUGUGGAUGCUGAUCAGAUCGUGCGGGCAGACCUGAAAGAGCUAAGAGAUUUCAGUUUGGACGGCGCCCCUUACGGCUACACUCCUUUCUGUGACAGCCGGAAAGAGAUGGAUGGCUACAGGUUCUGGAAAUCAGGGUACUGGGCCAGUCACCUAGCUGGGCGCAAGUAUCACAUCAGUGCACUGUAUGUCGUUGACCUGAAGAAGUUUAGGAAAAUAGCGGCUGGUGACAGACUCAGGGGACAGUACCAAGGUCUGAGUCAGGACCCUAACAGUCUUUCCAAUCUUGACCAGGAUUUGCCCAAUAACAUGAUCCAUCAGGUGCCAAUUAAAUCGCUCCCUCAAGAAUGGCUGUGGUGCGAGACGUGGUGUGAUGACACCUCUAAGAAAAGGGCCAAAACCAUUGACUUGUGUAAUAACCCAAUGACCAAAGAGCCCAAGCUGGAGGCAGCUGUUCGCAUUGUCCCCGAGUGGCAGGACUAUGACCAGGAGGUCAAGCAGCUGCAGAUCCGCUUCCAGGAGGAGAAAGCGGCGGCAGCCCGGGGGAAGGAGCCACGCGCAGACGGACCUCAGACUCAUGAAGAAUUAUAAUCUGCAGAGAAGGAUAGGAAAUCGCACCAUUUGAAAAACACUUUUUAUACUAAACGCUCGUUUUUUCUGACCUGUCUAUACAACUGCUGAUAACUUGGCUGGGCAGGUGCCCAGCACCUUUUGAUUCGGAGCGUUUGCCUUGGGCGUGGCGGCUCUGGGUCUCUGGAGUGAAGACUCUCGUGGCUUUGUACCUCAGAGGAAGACCAGUGGCUGAGCUUCGGGGACUCUGUAAAGAGCAGUCUGGUAACCAGAAGGGGAAACGGCCAAGGCACUGGGGGGUGGGGGGCGGGCGGCGGGGGGGACACAAGCCCUGUGCGCCCCACCCUGGGCACCGGCAGCCAGGCCCCUCUGCCUCCUCGCCUGCCUCGCUGAUGGCAGCCAAGUCCGCCCUGCAGCCUGGGUCGUGCCCACGCCCUGCACCUCGAGGUUUGCGCCUGAGCCCUGCCCUGCUGUCUCCCAGCAUCCGUGCAGCAUGGAGUGAGACCCAGCCAGCUAGUGUGUCGUCAGGGUGGGCUCAGGACCAGUUAAUUGCUACAGGAUGGGGUGGGUUAGGGCGAGAGGAAAACGAGGAGUAGAAGGCUCGGGGUGUGGCGGGGCAGUGAGAAGAGGGAAUGGGCUGUUCCCUUGUAAACCAUCAGAACCAUUGUGACUAAUUUGAAAUGAAAACCUUCUGUUCCCACCCAGCUUCACUGAAUACUUUAGGUAAUUAUUUUGUAAACAGUUUUUGUAUUUGUGAAAGUAUUUGCUUUUUCCCCAUUUUCUAAACGUUGACUGGAAACAGCCAUAGUGAGCCCCAGGGGUCUGGGCUGCCCCGGGAGACACUUUGUCAUCUCCCUCACGGCCUCUGAGGACUUUCCCCUCAGACACAGGGAAGUUGGCUUCGAUUUUCUCUACUAAAGACUCUGACAUCUGAGACCAGGAGAGGUUUGGACUGUGACUUCAUGUGCUUUAGACACUGUCCCUAUUCCUGCUAGCUCCGCGCUGGGGCAGCCUUUGGCUCUCCCCGCCCUGACUUCACAUGGUGGCAUCUUGAAGCCACAUGAACUCUUUAGUCAUUGAGUGGCCCGUGCUGGGAGGCCUGGGGCAGCCUGUGCUGGGAGGCCUGAGCUGGGAGGCCUGGGGCAGCCUGAGCUGGGAGGCCUGGGCAGCCUGUGCUGGGAGCUGGCGGAGCUGGCAGGCUCCCACGCAGAGGCUGAUGGUGUGCUGGUGGUCUGUGGUGGACGGUUCCAGGUCGCCCUCAGCUUCCCAGCAGCAGUAGCACAGCCACGGGCUCAUAUUUGCCUGCUCGUUAAAAAUAAGAGGAGGGGUGCACAUGGGUAGCUAAGCCAGGUAGUAUUAAUUUGUAACCUUUUUUUAAAAAUCUAAGUCUUAUGACAAAUAUCAAGUAAUUUGUCAUUUCCAUAUUCACAUGCAAAAGGUAGCUUAGGAGUCUCUCAAGCUCUGACGGAGCUUUGGAGUUUGCUCUGUAAUCCCAGUAAGCAUUGGGGGGGGGAAGGGGGGGGACAGGCCAAGCCUGGAAGUGUCCUGGGAGUCACUGCAGCACCAGGCCCCGCCCAGCUCCUCAAGGUCGCGCGCACGGAGAGAGCAAGAAGCGCUUCUUCAGCUUCAUCUUCGAUUCCUUUAAGCUGCUCAAGGCUUCCGCCGCUGCCUCUUCUGUCUGCGGCCCUGGGCAGAACUUCAUUUCCCCAGUUCAUUUUCUGGGAGAUUGAGCAGAAAUACUAAAGUCACUGGGAUGUGCUUUUUGCUGCUGGUUCCCGUGGGCCCUGAGCCAGACCACCUUUCUCCGGGCCUUUCUACCCGGUCUCGUGUGUAGCCUGUGAGGGGCACAGUGUGAAAUCUGUUUCUCUGUGGCCUCAGUGCCCCUUGCUGCCACACCCUGCACGAGGUCCUGUUAACAUUUGAAUUUAAAUAUGAAGACGCAACUGGGCUUUCCUUCUGCCAGUAAUUCUUGACUCGUGGCAUAAGCGUCUUUCAAAAACAGCCUCUGACUCUAGGAAAGGAUGUCGCCACUGACAGCUGGUCAUGGUCAGCUGCGUCUGCUGACACUGCUGUGUGACAGGCGAGCGCCUUGUGACCGGGAGGCGUGCGAGGGCGCCGAGCACAGGGGUGACUGAUGGGAGCAGGGGAGCUCUGGAAACAGCGCCCUGUUUCUAACCACCUGACCGUGACGGAGUUUCCCUCAUGAUGCCGUGAUGGAAAUGUCCUUUCUGAACGAGUGCCAGAGGAUAUGAAAUCCUGUAACUCUUCUGUUCCAUGGACAGUGGCACUGGGCCGAGCUCAGAGCCCAGGCACACAGCCUGCUGCGGGCAGGCCUCUGUUUCGUGUUGAGCUUAUAUUCAGUGCUCACACUGAAUGGUGGCAUGUUCCUUUUCCAUAAGAUUGACAAAGUGUUGGAUCUGUCAAAAUGGCAUUUCACAGGGGAACAGACACGUCUGCCUGCCCACCACGCGCAUGCGUCGCCCUAGGCCCGCCGCGUCUGCACUCAGCUCUUGGGAGACCAAAGCUUUCACAUGUACUAGGAAGUGGUUUCCGAGAAUGGAGCUUAAUGUGCUCUGCUGCCCAUAAUGCCUCACAUCAGGGCCGCCCUGCCUGAGUGGACACUGUAGUCUGGUUGCCGGCUAAGCCCCUGGAUGAGGCUGCACGCUGAGGGUGGCAGCAGUUUCCCUCCGAGACUGGCCUGUGCUGGGGAGGAAGGAACCCCGUGGCCUGGAGCUGGGAGUCUGCUUUAUGGACACCACCUCAUAGCCACGGGGGUACCGAUUCCAUCCCAUCCCCUCCCCUCCCCGCCCUGCCCCUCCCCAGACUUGAAAGCAGUCCUUUCUAAAAUUGCCAUGAAUGAUGAAAAGAAAGAAUUCAACUCAAGAGUUACAGGGGACAGUAUCUAGUGCAUUUUUCUGAGUAAAGUAUUACUAUAUCGGAUUUUGUGGAAAUGGGAAUGUUUUGGUCAAGGCACCUAAGGGUACCACUUUUCCCUGGUAACACAUGGGGGCGCAUUGUGUGCAAAGUUAUCUAAAUACGUAGGCCACUGCCGUGUGAUUUUAUGAUUAGUUUUUUAAAUACUUGAUUUUAUGGGGAAAUGUGGGGGAUAAUUAGAGUUAUCAACUUAAAUAUAGCUGCCAUGUGUCUAGUUUGGUGGGAUAACAUUUUGAAUUUGAAGUCGUGUUUUCCCUGCUUCAUGCAGGAAGGAAAGGGCUCAGGCAGGACUCUGGUCAUCAUGUGGUCGAGCUCACACCCAUGAGACUCGCUCACGCGUGUCGUCAUUGAUCUUCCAAAGCGUCCGCAGGACACCAGGUUCUCUUUUGUCAUUUGGUCUUUGGUCUCUGCGCUACCACAGAAGGGACACUGGUGGCCUGAGUCCGCACUCGGCCCCUCCCCUGGGACUGUGCCGACUGAAAACCACCACAGGAUCAGCCACGCUGCAUGCUCUCCAGAGCCGAGCACAGAGUGGACCCUCCAUGGUGAUGACACCAGCAAGAAGCCAUCUCCUGAGUCUCCCAGUUACUUAGCAACACCCAGGCUGGGUCUGGAAGCUUUAAUUGCAUACGAUACAAGUUAGGGUCAGAGCGAAGGCUUUCAUCCCAUCUGUAAUCUAUGCAAUGCCUUACUUAUGAUUUAGAUUUCCAGAGAAAUAGGCACAAUUUCUCUUCAAAAUGAAAGUAUGAGAAUACAUUAACUUAAAGUCAACAAUUUGAGAAAAGGAUGAUCAAGUACUAUGUUUUCCAACCAGUUAUCAUUGGUAUAACAAUGUAAACAUAGAAAAACUGAGAAAAAAUGUUAUAAUUUUUUUAAAAACUAUGUACUUAAAAAACACACCCUUUUUAUAAAAACUAUUCUAUUUUACUGUAAUUCUGUUCCACUAAAUGCAAUGUAGGUCCUGGUGCUGCCCUUGCGUGGCACACGCCCUGGGCCCGAGGUGAACUGUGAAUGAACCUCCUGCUGCUGUCAGGACAGUAAGGUCUGCUCACACAAUAAACGCCUCUUCUUUA